UCCGCAGGGCUACUCGUCGGUGAGCAGCAUGAACGCCGCCGGCCUGGGGAUGAACGGCAUGAACACGUACAUGAGCAUGUCGGCGGCCGCCAUGGGCAGCGGCUCCGGCAACAUGAGCGCGGGCUCCAUGAACAUGUCGUCGUACGUGGGCGCGGGCAUGAGCCCGUCGCUGGCGGGCAUGUCCCCCGGCGCGGGCGCCAUGGCGGGCAUGGGCGGCGCGGCCGGCGCGGCCGGCGAGGCAGGCAUGGGGCCGCACCUGAGCCCCAGCCUGAGCCCGCUCGGGGGGCAGGCGGCCGGGGCCAUGGGCGGCCUGGCGCCCUACGCCAACAUGAACUCCAUGAGCCCCAUGUACGGGCAGGCGGGCCUGAGCCGCGCGCGCGACCCUAAGACCUACCGGCGCAGCUACACGCACGCCAAGCCGCCCUACUCGUACAUUUCCCUCAUCACCAUGGCCAUCCAGCAGAGCCCCAACAAGAUGCUCACGCUCAGCGAGAUCUACCAGUGGAUCAUGGACCUCUUCCCCUUCUACCGGCAGAACCAGCAGCGCUGGCAGAACUCCAUCCGCCACUCGCUGUCGUUCAACGACUGCUUCCUCAAGGUGCCGCGCUCGCCCGACAAGCCGGGCAAGGGCUCCUUCUGGACCCUGCACCCCGACUCGGGCAACAUGUUCGAGAACGGUUGCUACCUGCGCCGUCAGAAGCGCUUCAAGUGCGAGAAGCAGCUGGCGCUCAAGGAGGCCGCGGGCGGCGGCAAGAAGGCGGCCGCCGGGGUGCAGGCCGCGCAGGCCCAGCUCGGGGAGGCCGCCGGGCCGGCCUCCGAGACUGCGGCGGGCGCCGAGUCGCCCCACUCGAGCGCCUCCCCGUGCCAGGAGCACAAGCGGGGCGUCCUGGGCGAGCUGAAGGGCGCGCCUGCCGCGGCGCUGAGCCCCCCGGAACCUGCGCCUUCGCCGGGGCAGCCGCCGCAGGCCGCGGCCCACCUGCUGGGCCCGCCGCACCACCCGGGCCUGCCGCCCGAGGCUCAUCUGAAGCCGGAGCACCACUACGCCUUCAACCACCCCUUCUCCAUCAACAACCUCAUGUCUUCGGAGCAGCAGCACCACCACAGCCACCACCACCACCAGCCGCACAAAAUGGACCUCAAGGCCUACGAACAGGUGAUGCACUACCCCGGGUACGGCUCGCCCAUGCCCGGCAGCCUGGCCAUGGGCCCGGUCACGAACAAAACGGGCCUGGACGCCUCGCCCCUGGCCGCAGACUCCUCCUACUAUCAGGGGGUGUACUCCCGACCCAUUAUGAACUCCUCCUAAGAAACCGGCUUCGGACCGGGCUGGCUCUGGCAGCGCGGGAGGAGGACGCGGGAGGAGGACGCGAGCGCCGCGGGGGAAGCGGGCCGAGACUUUGGGGAGCGGAGCCUGACGGCCGCAAGGGGAUCUCGCGCCGCCGCGCGACAGCAGUCUGCCUGGCGCUCUGCAAGGCUUCCCUCCCAGACUGACGGACCACGCUGACACCUACCAUUCUCUAUGAGGAGGAAGAGUGGGAAAAUAUAAAGUUAAAAAAAAAAGCCUUCAGUUUCCACGACUGUGUAGACUCCUGCUUCUUUAAGCACCUGCCCAUUCUGAUUUUUUUGUUGUUGGUGUUCUCUGUUGCUGUUGUUGCAGGGAAGUCUUACUUAAAAAAAAAAAGAAAAAGAAACAAAAAAAAACUUUGUGAGUGACUCGGUGUAAAACCAUGUAGUUUUAACAGAACCAGAGGGUUGUACUAUUGUUUAAAAAGAGACAAAUAAUAAUAAUGUAAGGGUCUGUUGUAAGUGACCAAGAAAAA